AUGAAGGGUGAAGAUGAUGAGGUGGUCGCAGCUUCGGAAGACUCAUCUCUUCCUCUGGAGUGGAGAUUCUCUCAGGUCUUCGGUGAACGCAGCGCUGGUGAAGAAGUUCAAGAAGUUGAUGUCAUUUCAGAAAUCGAGUUUGAUCAAUUCGGCGACCAUCUUGCUACUGGUGACCGUGGAGGACGCGUUGUUCUUUUCGAGAGAACCCAUGUCACAAAUAGCAGUGGAGGAGCUAGAAGGGAUCUUGAAGAGACUGGUUAUCCACUGAGGCACCCGGAGUUCCGUUACAAAACAGAGUUUCAGAGUCAUGACCCUGAGUUUGAUUAUCUCAAGAGUUUGGAGAUAGAGGAGAAGAUAAACAAAAUUAGAUGGUGUCAAACAGCCAAUGGCGCUCUUUUUCUCCUUUCCACAAACGAUAAAACCAUCAAGUAUUGGAAGGUUCAAGACAAGAAAAUCAAGAAAAUUUGUGAAGUAAAUUCAGAUCCUGAAGGGGUUGCAAGCUCGAGUAAUUCAAGCAUUACAACUGCAUGCCGUGGGAACGGAGGAGCUCCUGAAGCCAUCUCAACGCUGCGGUUGCCAGUGGUAGUAACUAGCCAUGAGUCGAGCCCAGUGGCUAGAUGUCGAAGAGUCUAUUCUCAUGCUCAUGAUUAUCAUAUCAACUCGAUCUAA